AAAAUUCUUUUCAAACUAAAACAAAAUUUUAUUAUCAUCAAAGUGUUGGCAGAAUUUUUAAUUGACAAAUAAUAAGCAGACAAAUCAAUGUAAGAAUUUAUUUAAAUCUAAAUUAAUCACAGUUAAUUCUUGAAACAUGUCAAAAACAUCUCAUAAUGAGAUAUCCAAAAUAACCGAUGAUAAUUUCGAAAACAGCGAUAGCAUAAAUUGGCAGACAUCAAAUUCAGUUACCGAUAUUGAAGCAGACACAGAUUUGGAAACAAAAACAACAACUACUACCACCGAAAGCCUGCCUGAAGACACGACUGCUAUGAGUAUGGAUAGCAUGGAGGAUCCAAGUUUUUCCGCAAAUCUUAUCGACGACGAUAUGUUAACGAAUGAAUCAACUUCAAGAUUUACAGAAUUUCUUGGAACACAGUCUUAUUCAGAAUUAGAUACCUUCGAACGUUUAGAACCAACCAGAGAAUGUGUAACGCCCGAAUUCAAAACAGAAACAGGAAGAUAUUCCAAAAUUAAAGAGAAAUUGAUGAAACCAUUUGUCGGUGACAAUACUGAUCUUAAUUUAGAUUUAAACAAAUACUUUCGCAUAACUAAUAAUAACGUCAAUGUUAUAUCCGCUCAAGAACCUUGGCCUAAAGAUGUCCAACUUUAUCAACCUUACGAGGUGGAGCAAAUUCUACUACCUGACAAUGCAAACUGUCUUGCAGUACAAACCUUUUUGAAAAUGUGUCAGCUUGAAUACCAAGUUGAAGCUAGAGCAAAUGCUGAUGCCAUGUCACCCACAGGCAAAGUACCCUUCAUCAAAUGUGGUGCAUUUAUUGUCCCUGAACUUGAAGGCAUUGUACAAUUUGUUGGAAGUAAAGGUAUUUCUUUAACAUCUGAUUUGGAUCCAGAGAACAAAGCAGACAUGAGGGCAUACAUGACUUUAGUCAAUAACGUGCUGGGCAAUGCUGAGUUAUAUCUAUGCUGGUGUGACAAUGAAACAUAUACUGAUGUCACAAAACCAAGAUAUGGUAGUGUAUAUCCAUGGCCAUUGAAUUUUAUUCAGACUUGGGCCAAGAGACAAGAAGAGACCAAAAGAUUGAGGGUAAUUGGUUGGUAUCAAAAGAGUCUGGAGGAAGUGUACAAUGAUGUGGAGACUUGUUGUCAAGCUUUGACUGACAGGCUUGACAAUAAUCCAUACUUUUUUGGAACAAAGUUUACUGAAUUGGAUGCUUUGGUUUAUGCACAUUUGUAUGCCAUCCUAACCACUCCUCUGCCAAAUAAUUUUGUUUUCAUCAUAAAACAAUUUCCCAAUUUAUUGAAGUUUUGCCAACGAAUAGAUUCAAAAAUUCACGGCCGUAGUUGCACUUUCCCGCCAUUGGUGUUCGAGAAAUCUAAGCGCCUUGUGGUAUAUGAUACGAAAAAAACCCGACAAGCACGACAAUCCCCUGUACAAGUUAUUAAAAACUUGGCCAUUCCUGAUUAAAAAAACUCCUGUGAAAACCUACAAUUCGUUUAACCGAAAUAAAUUUCAACGUUGAUAUUA